UGAAGCUAAGUUACAUGGGCCUUACCCGAGUAUCUAAUCUAAUUAACUCGGGUCGGGUUUGGGUCAGCUAUAAAAAAAGUCGUAACAACCUCCAUUGAUAGAGUGUAAAGAAGAAGGCUUCAGUGCUCUCUCUCUCUUCGACUCUCAGUAGCUGCUUCGAGCGGGAGAAAUGUCGAGUUUGCUAAGUGAUUUUGAGGUGGAGGCGAAGAAUGCGUCGCUGGAAGCGAGGCAGAGAUGGAGGUCAUCAGUCUCCAUCGUGAAGAAUCGUGCUCGUCGUUUCCGUAACAUCCCUGACCUCGAUAAGCAAGCUCAAAACGCCACCAAGAGGCACCAGAUCCAGGAAAAGCUCCGAGUUGCUUUCUACGUACAAAAGGCAGCUCUUCAAUUCAUUGGUGCUGCUGGUCGGCCGGAAUACAAGCUCACCGAUGAGGUUAAGGAAGCUGGAUUUUCUGUGGAACCAGAUGAACUUGCAUCUAUGGUUCGGAAUCAUGACACUAGGGGCCUGGCAAACAAUGGUGGAGUUGAAGAGCUUGCAAAGAAAGUAUCUGUAUCUCUCACUGAAGGCGUUAGUUCGAGUGAACUCCCAAUCAGGGAAAAGAUCUUUGGAGAAAAUCGCUACGCUGAGAAACCGCCCAGAUCGUUCUUGAUGUUUGUUUGGGAAGCGCUCCAAGACAUAACUCUUAUCAUCCUUAUGGUCUGCGCUGUAGUGUCAAUAGGCGUGGGUAUUGCCACUGAAGGAUUUCCAAAGGGAAUGUAUGAUGGGACGGGGAUCUUGCUGAGUAUACUGUUGGUCGUCAUGGUUACUGCCAUCAGUGACUACAAGCAAUCUUUGCAGUUCAUAGACUUGGAUCGUGAGAAGAAGAAGAUUAUUGUCCAGGUCACUAGAGAUGGGAAUAGACAAGAGAUCUCCAUCCAUGACUUGGUUGUCGGAGAUGUGGUUCAUCUUUCUAUUGGGGAUCAAGUUCCAGCUGAUGGGGUUUUUAUAUCCGGAUACAACUUGGAGAUAGACGAGUCAAGCUUAUCAGGCGAGAGUGAACCAUCACAUGUGAAUAAGGAGAAGCCUUUUCUUCUUUCAGGAACCAAAGUUCAGAACGGUUCAGCAAAGAUGUUGGUGACAACUGUUGGCAUGAGGACUGAGUGGGGAAAGUUGAUGGAAACGCUGAUUGAUGGUGGCGAAGACGAGACUCCUUUGCAGGUGAAGCUAAAUGGGGUUGCAACAAUCAUUGGCAAGAUUGGUUUAAGCUUCGCUGUGCUUACCUUUGUGGUAUUGUGCAUAAGGUUUGUCUUAGAGAAAGCAGCGGCUGGUAGCUUCAGCAACUGGUCCUCUGAAGAUGCACUGACGCUACUUGACUAUUUUGCAAUUUCUGUAACCAUCAUUGUCGUUGCUGUACCCGAAGGUUUGCCAUUGGCAGUGACUUUAAGUUUGGCAUUUGCUAUGAAGAAGCUGAUGAGUGACAGGGCACUUGUGAGGCAUCUGGCUGCUUGUGAGACUAUGGGAUCUGCUACUUGCAUCUGCACUGAUAAGACUGGGACCUUAACUACCAACCACAUGGUGGUCAACAAAGUAUAUAUCUGUGAUAAGGUUCAUGAGAGGCAAGAGGGAAGUAAAGAAAGCUUUCAGUUGGAACUACAAGAAGAAGUUCAGAGUAUUCUCUUGCAAGGCAUCUUUCAGAACACUGGUUCUGAAGUUGUUAAGGAUAAGGAUGGAAGCACUCAGAUCCUUGGAUCUCCAACAGAAAGAGCAAUACUCGAGUUCGGUUUGCUUUUAGGUGGUGACUUUGGGGAGCAGCGUAAAGAGCACAAGAUACUCAAGAUAGAGCCGUUCAAUUCAGACAAGAAGAAGAUGUCUGUUCUUAUCGCGCUUCCUGGAGGUGGUGCACGAGCUUUCUGCAAAGGUGCAUCUGAAAUAGUGUUGAAAAUGUGCGAGAAUGUUGUGGAUUCUAAUGGAGAAACCGUUCCACUAACUGAAGAACGUAUUGUGAAUAUCUCUGACGUCAUAGAGGGUUUUGCCUCGGAGGCUCUGAGAACUCUCUGCUUGGUCUACAAAGAUGUGGAUAAAGCUCCAAGUGGUGAUCUUCCUGAUGGAGGCUAUACAAUGGUAGCAGUUGUUGGGAUCAAGGAUCCAGUACGCCCUGGUGUUAGAGAAGCUGUUCAGACUUGUCAAGCUGCUGGGAUUACCGUUCGUAUGGUCACUGGAGAUAACAUAAGCACAGCUAAAGCAAUUGCUAAGGAGUGUGGCAUAUUCACUGAAGGAGGUUUAGCUAUAGAAGGUUCACAGUUCAGGGACUUGCCUCCUCACGAAAUGAGAGCCAUUAUACCGAAGAUUCAGGUAAUGGCUCGGUCUCUGCCAUUGGACAAGCAUACUUUAGUCAGCAACUUGAGGAAAAUUGGAGAGGUAGUUGCAGUGACCGGAGACGGGACAAACGAUGCUCCUGCAUUGCAUGAAGCAGACAUUGGACUUGCUAUGGGAAUAGCUGGAACAGAGGUUGCUAAAGAGAAUGCUGAUGUGAUCAUAAUGGACGACAACUUCAAAACAAUAGUGAAUGUCGCUAGAUGGGGACGUGCUGUGUAUAUAAACAUUCAGAAGUUUGUUCAGUUCCAGCUAACUGUUAACGUCGUUGCUCUAAUCAUCAACUUCGUCUCUGCUUGCAUCACAGGGUCUGCUCCACUCACGGCUGUACAACUGCUUUGGGUCAACAUGAUCAUGGACACACUCGGUGCACUAGCUUUAGCCACAGAACCUCCCAAUGAAGGUUUAAUGAAACGUCCACCAAUCGCCAGAACCGCAAGCUUCAUCACCAAAACCAUGUGGAGAAACAUCGCCGGCCAAAGCGUUUACCAGUUGAUCGUCUUGGGAAUUCUCAACUUCGCAGGCAAAUCUCUUCUCGAUCUCAAUGGUCCAGACUCGACAGCUGUUCUGAACACAGUCAUCUUCAACUCCUUCGUGUUUUGCCAGGUGUUCAAUGAGGUUAAUAGCCGUGAGAUAGAGAAGAUAAAUGUGUUCAAGGGAAUGUUCAAUAGCUGGGUGUUCACAGGCGUAAUGGUUGUGACAGUUGUGUUUCAAGUGAUCAUAGUGGAGUUUCUUGGUGCAUUUGCUAGCACUGUUCCACUGAGCUGGCAACAUUGGUUACUUUCAAUCUUGAUAGGAUCGUUGAGCAUGAUUGUAGCAGUUAUCCUCAAAUGCAUACCUGUUGAGUCUUCUCAACAUCAUGAUGGCUACGAGUUGCUUCCUUCUGGUCCUUCCUCUUCCAAUUCCGCAUGA